AUGGAGUAUCCCGAUGAAGACACGAUUCGUAUACUGAUCACCACCGACAACCACGUUGGAUACAAUGAGAAUGAUCCCGUUACUGGGGACGACUCGUGGAAGACGUUCCAUGAGAUCAUGAUGAUUGCCAAGGACAGCAAUGUCGAUAUGGUACUGCAUGGCGGCGAUCUAUUUCACGCUAACAAGCCGUCGAAGAAAUCGAUGUACCAAGUCAUGAAGUCGCUAAGGCUGGCGUGCAUGGGGGACAAACCAUGCGAGCUGGAACUACUCAGUGAUCCCUCCAGAGUGUUCCAUUACAACGAGUUCACCAACGUUAACUACGAGGACCCUAAUUACAACAUAUCGAUCCCGGUCUUUGGCAUCGCUGGGAACCAUGAUGAUGCCACGGGCGACAGUCUGCUUUGCCCCAUGGAUCUGUUGCAAGUGAGCGGAUUGGUGAACCAUUUUGGCAAGGUCUUGGAGGCAGAUAAUAUUGAGGUGAUGCCUUUACUGUUUCAAAAGGGCAAAACUAAGUUGGCGCUUUAUGGGAUGGCCUCUGUGCGCGAUGAGCGCCUGUUCAGGACGUUCAAGGAAGGCAAAGUCGCAUUUGAGGUGCCUUCGAUGCGUGAGGAUGAGUGGUUCAACAUCAUGUGUGUCCACCAGAACCAUACAGGUCAUACCAACACAGCAUUUCUGCCGGAACAAUUUCUGCCGGACUUCCUAGACGUCGUGAUAUGGGGCCAUGAGCAUGAAUGCAUUCCGCAUUUAGUCCACAAUCCAACAAAAAAGUUUGAUGUGUUACAACCGGGCUCGUCUGUGGCCACAUCCUUGUGCGAUGCAGAAGCCAAGCCUAAGAACGUUUUCAUCUUGGAGUUACGAUACGACUCGGCUCCAAAAUUGAUCACAAUACCACUGAAGAGCGUAAGAACGUUUGUCAUGCGAUCUAUCUCAUUGCGCGAUCAGCCUCAGCUGCGACCUCAUGACAAAGAAGCUAUAACCAAAUUCCUCUUCCAGCAGAUAGAAGAGAUGAUAGAAGAAGCAAACGCUGAAACUAGGAAGAAGGCAGGCGAUAUAUUUGACGGAAAUGAUGAAGACAUGGAAUAUGCCCUACCUUUACCACUGAUUAGGCUUCGAGUUGACUACGGAGCGCCUGCAAAUGGUACGUCGAUAAUAGAUUACCAGGUGGAGAAUCCGCGUCGAAUCAGCAACAAGUUUGCUGGACGUGUCGCUAACGGCAAUAGCGUCAUUCAAUUCUAUAAGAAGAGAACUGGCGGCGGUGCAUCCAGGAAGCGGGAAAAUGCCGUAAUGAGCAAUACUGAUAUGGAGAGACUGGCUAACGACGAAGGAGGAGAAUUGCAAGUGCAGACCUUGAUCGAUGACCUACUAAAGAAAAUGCAACUUUCUCUGCUGCCGGAGAAUGGCAUGAACGAGGCGGUCAAGAAGUUUGUUGACAAAGAUGAGAAACAUGCCUUAAAAGAUUUCAUAGACCAUGAGAUUGAUAACGAGGUAAAUAUCCUAGUCUCAAACAAGGGCUUUCUGCAAUCCGAUAAUCCGGAAGAGAUCAAGCAAUUGAUAAAGCAGGUCAAGCGAGCAAACACAAGCAGCCCAUCUGUCAACGAAAUGGCCGCUGCUCAAAACCUUGUAUCCGCCAAUCAGGACAGCCAUCCCACCAGAAUAUCAGCUGCAGGCAACCGUGAGAUCAGUACUCCAACUUCCUCUACGAAAAAGAGGGCUCCAGCACGCAGAAGGACCCGCGCCAGUGAUUCCAUUGUUAUAUCGGAUGCUUCCGACGGCGACGGGUUAGAUGACGAAGAAAUCGACAUUGUGCUAAGUGACGAGAACGAUGAUGGCUCCGUUGACAAGCAGGCCAAGAAGCCGACAAAGACAAGAAAGAGCAGAAGUGCGGCUGGGAAGACUACUGACAGAGACACACCGGCCAGAAGGGCCAAAGCAUCCAAGACACCCAAGACUGACAUCCUAAGUAGUCUUCUUGCUCGCAAGAGGAAAUAG